AUGAAGGGCCUCUUCGAGGACUUCCCGCGGGAGCCCCUCAACGCUGCGGCCCUCGGCCUCGCCCUCCGCGUCCGCCCCGUCGGCGCCGGCCAGCGCCAGGCGAUGGUCUUCGCGGCCCUCCGCGAGGUCGCCCUCGGGGCCGGUAGGGCCGCCGUCAAGGCGGUCAGCUGUCUUGUGGAAGGGAUUUGCCGGAUGGAAGAGGGCGCCCCACUGCCGAGGAUCCUCGAAUCGGACGUGGCGAGGACCUUUCCCUAUUUGAUCCCCCUCAGUGAGACCCACCUCAACGAGGGUGGGGAGCUGCGGGUCGGGCAGGUCCGCGGGAGCCUCGGGUUCGCCCCCGCUCGGCAGGGUGGACAGUACUACUACGAGGUCGUCCUCCUCCAAAUGCCGGUGGACCACAUGAUCAUGAUGGGCUGGGGGACCCUCCAACACGAGAAAAAAAACAGCAGCCAGCACGUCGGGAGCGACCUCCACUCCUGGGGCUUCAACUGCCAGGAUAUGCUGCGGAUUAUGAUGGGCGAGCAGCGGGUGUCGAUCAACCAGCCCCUCCGCCUCGGCGACGUCGUCGGGUCGAUGAUUGACCUCGAGACCCGGAUGGUCAGCUGGACCAUCAACGGCGAGGAGCUGAUCCGGGUCUCUCUCCCUGUCCAGGGCGAGAGCGAGGAGAUCUACCCCUACGUUAGCGCCGCGGCGGAGCCUUGCGGGGUCAAGAUUCGUCUCGGGGAUACCCAGUUUAAGCCCACGGGCUACAAAGACUUCGGGGUCCCUGUCGACGCCCUGCGGUGGGACCUCCUCAGUGAGGCCCCCACGCAGUCCUACGAGUUCUACCACGAGCUCUCCACCCUGCUCGACAACAUCUCGGUUGUGGAUCUCCACGUGCAGAGCUCCGUCCUCGCCAUGUUGGUCUCCCCCCAGGCCGAGCGCGAGCUCCGGCGCUAUCCGCGCGUCUGGGGGUUCGUCCAAACCCACUUUCUCGCGUCCACCCCAACCCAUUCGGGUUCCGACGACGCGGGGAAGCGGAAGGGCCGCUAUGACAUGACCUGCCUGCUGCCCUACGUCCGGCACCUGAGCGUGAUCAGCGACCUCACCGUAAUCGCCGCGCACAACCUCACCUUGCUCAAAGGCUCGGAUUAUUUGAUGCGCUUCUACCGCAAGGCGCGCGACCUUCUAUUUAGCUCGGCGCGUUGGGUGAUUUUCGAGUCCCAGAUCGGCGGGCGGCCCUCGUUCGAUACGAUCAACCCGCGCGUGGUGCAUAUCAACCUCCAGCACACGAAGCCCCUCGCGGCGGGGGAGCGGGUGCGGCUCUCGCGGUUGGUGACGUUUCAGCUCUUCUCGCAGAUCGAGAACGCGCCGAUCUACAAAAACGCGGUGAUGUUCGCCGUGCGGCUCUCCGGCGACGUCACGAACGACGCCGGCGGGGUCACCCGCUCCGUCCUGUCGAUGAUCAGCGAUGAGUUGAACUACCGCGUAAUCGACCGCGCGCGGGUGAACCCGGUGAUGCCGCUUUUUGUGCUCUCCGCCCACUCCACCGUCUUUACGGUGGUCCCGAAUAUGCCGCAGUUCUUCGCGGAGGGGGAGGUUUUGGCGGGCGAGGGGCGGCCCCCGCGUUCGUCGCCGGCCCACCACGCGGACGCCGCGCUCACCCCUCAGCUCCAUCACCGCAUGCUCACUUGGCUGGGGAUGCUCAUCGGGAAUAUCACGCUGUGCGGGACGUUUAAGCUCUUCUUGAACUUCCCGCGGAUGGUGUGGAAGUACCUCACCUUCGAGGCGGUCGUGAUUGAGGAUUAUUACUACGACGUGGAUGAUACCGUCCGCGGCUCCCUCGCCGACGACGACUUUCUCCUCGACAAUGAGUGUUUUCACAACAUCCUUGGCGUUUUACGCCCACCAAUGGGGAUGCUCGAUCGCGGUGGCAGCGCCGCCGAUCUCGCGAAUUUGCCAGGCGGCAAUAGUGAAAUCGGAGGAGGAGGGAUGGGGUUCACCGGGCAUCUUUCACAUUCUUCCUCCUAUAAUCCAAAUAACGGCGCGUCGCUGGCUUUGCAGACGCCGUAUUUGCGCACAAAUAGCACUUCGACAACGACGCCUCUCGCGAAGGCGGGGAGUAUGAGCGGGGGCCUGGACGAUCUCGAGGCGUAUACUUCGCAGGUUCAACAGCGAAUCGCAGCGGUGCGCCGCGCGGAGGUUGAGCACGCGCUUCUUCACCAAUACGACCCCGCCCUGCAGUGUAUUCGCGAUGGCCUCAUCUCGGUGAUCUCUCCGGCCUUGCUCAAGACGAUCGCGUGGAGUGAUUUACAACGACGGGUCUGCGGAGUGGAUGGGAUCCCCGCCGCGGAGGUGAUUUCUUGCCUCGACUGCGCAAAUAUCCCGGGUGAACUGCAGGAGAUGCUCUACAAGGUCGUGCACGAGAUGACGGAGGCGGAGCGCUCGCGGUUUUUGCUUUUUUGCUCCGGCCAAAGCCGCCUUCCGCUUUUAGAAAAGAUUAGUGUGUGCUGUGGGGAUGAUCCUUCGCUAUUACCCACCGCGCAUACUUGCUCACCCAUCUCACUACGACUGCAGAAAUAUCGAAACAUUGAAGAGAUGCGGGAUCGCCUCGAGCACUGCCUUUUGAAUGCCACACAGUUUGGCUAUGUUUAA